AGUCUCACUCUCCUCCCCCUCUGUCUCUUUUCCUGCUCUCUUUCCCACCUCUUGUUUCUGUCUCUCUCUUGUUCUCUCUGCAUCUUAUCCACCCCCCCUCUUCUGCUUUCAUUCAGAUUAUUUACCCAUCUCCUCCUCACUCCCUCUGCUGUGUCUUUCUCCUCCCUCUCUUCCUUGCCGCUACCACUCUAGCCGCCUCAGCCUACAUCCCUCCCUUCCUACCAACACUCCCUCCCUCCUCCUCCUCCUCCUCCUUCCUUUUGGAGAUCUUCAAAGCUGACCAGCACACACUCGCACAUAGCAUAACACGCUCCUCUCCUGCGUGGGAAAAACAUGUCAGCUAUUCUGGACCUGGACCAGAUUGCAUGCUCUGGGAAUGGAGUGGAGCAUGACAUUGAGACUCCCCAUGGCGUUCUCCAUGUGACAAUGAGAGGUGUUCCCAAGGGCAACAGACCCGUCAUCCUCACCUAUCAUGACAUCGGCCUUAACCACAAGUCGUGCUUCAACACCCUGUUCAACUAUGAGGACAUGCAGGAGAUCACGCAGCACUUUGCAGUGGUUCACGUGGAUGCGCCCGGCCAGCAGGAGGGUGCACCUCCCUUCCCCAGCGGUUAUCGCUACCCAACCAUGGACGAGUUGGCUGAAAUGCUGCCCUCUGUGAUGACUCAGCUCAAGGUCAACAGCGUGAUCGGCAUUGGCGUGGGAGCAGGAGCGUACAUCCUCAGCCGCUUUGCACUGAACAACCCCACCCUGGUGGAGGGUCUGGUUCUGAUCAAUGUUGACCCAUGCGCUGAAGGCUGGAUCGACUGGGCAGCUUCGAAGCUGUCUGGAUGGACCAGUAAUUUGGUGGACAUCAUAAUGGCUCACCACUUCAGCACGGAUGAGCUGACAGAGAACCAGGAGCUGAUCCAGACCUACCGCCUCCACAUCGCCCAAGACAUCAACCAAGACAACCUGGCCCUCUUCUGUGGCUCCUACCAAUACCGUCGGGACCUGGAGAUCGAGAGGCCAAUCGUAGGUCUCAAUGAGGACACAGUCAACACACUAACGUGCCCUGCUUUGCUAGUGGUUGGUGACACAUCACCUGCUGUGGAGGCUGUGGUGGAGUGCAAUUCCAGGUUAAAUCCAACCAAGACCACACUGCUAAAGAUGGCUGAUUGUGGAGGCUUGCCCCAAGUUGUGCAGCCGGGAAAACUUGCUGAGGCCUUCAAGUACUUUGUUCAGGGAAUGGGCUACAUUCCCUACGUUCUUCUCAGUCACCUGAGCAACGAAUCAGUGCCGUCAGCAGGAAUGACUCGUCUGGCUCGCUCGCGCACCACCUCCUCUUCCAGCAUCACCUCCAUGGACAGCACUCGCAGCCGCAACAACCUCAACAGCCUGCUGGAGGGCAGUGCCACCGGGGUCCUGGACAACCAGGCCGGCCCCCAGACCAUGGAGGUUUCCUGCUAAAGCCCACCCCACCCCACCCCCUGCACACUCCCAUAGUAACUUAUGUGCCCCCCUCUCCCUCUCUCUCUCUCUCUCUCUCUCUCUCUCUCUCUCUCUCUCUCUCUCUCUCUCUCUCUCUCUCUCUCUCUCUCUCUCAUCUCGCUCCUAAGCCACUCCUCGCCAGGAGGAUCUGUAAUGAACUAUGUGAUUAGAAAAAGAGGAUGUAAUAAAUAUAUUAACAGAUGCAUAUUAUUAAAUAUUGAAUAUUGAAUACACUGUCAAAGUCACAUUCCGACCAGAAACCAUAACUACAUUCAGAUGUGUUGUAUAUUCAAAUGGUCAAACCAUAUCAUUAACUCAUCUGUCCCACCUCACCCCCUUUGUAUUUAUUUUUUUCACAUUGUCUUUGUUUUAAAUGUCUUCACACACACUGUAGAAAUCUUUCAUGUCUUCAAAAUAACUUGUAUAUUUCACACAUUCAUAUUUUUCAUUGCACGGUACAUCACUUUUACUAUCUCUUUGUUGUGAACUUUAAAGUUGUGGACUGCAUUGAUGGUGAGUCAUCGCAUCUGUUUUAAUCUCCAACUUGCUGCAAUGUGAUGCCAAAUUAGUCCCAAGGUAUACAGAGGGAUCACUAAACCGAGAGUGGUAAAACAUGGAAAAACCACUGUAGACUGUAACACACUGUCAGUACAACUGAAUCAAAGCUGUAGAGAGAGCUGCUUUGGAAAGAAACGAACAUUCAGUGUUAGGGAGAAGUCAUGUACUUGUGUGUCAACUCUGUCUCUUCACAUACAUUCAUUUAUUUUGGAUUCUUUUUGUAAUUGAACUCAUCUCCUUUUCUUUCUGCUUUGUGUUGAUGUUUUUGUUCAGUUGAAUAUAUUAUUCAGUGAUGUUUUAACAACCUUUAACAAGUGGGUUCUAAUGUGAAAAGUAUGAGUCCCUUCACUUCGGGGCCCAGUGGUGCUUCUCACUGUCUGCUGAUUCAACUCAUUUAUAUUACUACUGAAUAAAGCUACAACAUGACAAA